AUGGACGAAAAACAACCACAGGAAAGCACCACAACCACUCCUGUUGUUGAAACAAAUUCAACUACAGCAGAGGCCUGUAGCAUUUCAACCAACAACAACAACAACAUUAAUAAUAACAACAAUAAUAUUUGCACUACAACCGAUAAUAAUAGCAACAACAACAAUAAUAAUACAACCUUAAACAAUUCUAAUACAACGACAGAAACAGACAACAAUUCUAAAACUGAUACUAGUAAUAAUAUAAAUAAUAGUAAUAAUAGUAAUAAUAAUGAAAUGUCUACAUUAGUUUCAACUUCUACAACAACAACAACAACAACGACAUCUAGUAAUAAUAAUAAUAUAGGAUUAGUAAAAUCAAGAGGAUCAUCAAAUAAUCUAUUGCAUUCAUCGACUGGUGUGUUUAUGCAGAGUUGUCUAUCGUUUCUUUUGAGAACGUACACUGUGCGACGAUGGAUCGAAAAGAUGAUUGGUGAGGUAUUACCCUCGGAUUUGUACUCGAGCUUGCGUGAUGGUGUACUGCUGUGUCGUCUUAUGCUCUCAGUCAAAGCCAACUCCAUUCCAAAGAUACACACCGGAACCACUCUAAACUUUAAGAUUCGUGAGAACCUAUUGUUCUUCCUACAGGCACUGGAGGAUCUAGGUGUUUCGAGAUACUAUCUCUUUGCGGUGGCCGAUAUCAUGGAGAAGAAGAACUAUUACAAAGUAUUGGAGUCACUCGAGGUACUCGCCGACAUUGCAUCAACGACCGACCAUCUCCUGGGCAAAGAGCCAGAGAAGCACAUCGAGCCGGUGACCGACGAACAAGCUGCCGAACUUCACUUCACAGAGAAGGAGAUUGCCGAUACCGAAUCACUUCUCAAACGACUACACAUCACACAAGUCAAGCGUGCACCAUGCAAGCGUGCAUUGUUUGCAAACGAACCUAAACAACACCAAUCAUCAGGACACCAGCAUCGUCCUAGUUCAUCCGGAAGUUUUAUGGGUACAAGCUUUACCGGUGUAAAUCGUUUGUCUUCAUCGGGACAACAUAGUCAUUCUUCUUCUUCCUCUUCGUUGGGCGUAGGAGGUUCGUCUUCGUCAUCACAUUCCGCUGGUUCGUCGUCGUCGUCGUCAACCACUGUUGGAAGUUCGAAACCAGUGGUAAGAGCAUCGCUUUCACCUGGACAGAUCAUGCAAAAGGCAAGACAGCAUGAGAAGAAGUGGAUUAGAAUACAGGCAUUGGUUAGAGGACAUCUCAUGAGAAUUCAAUAUCAUAAGCGUGUGCGUAUGGCAGCGUAUCGUCAUAACAUCGUCAAGGAGAUACUCUCUACCGAAGAGGUCUACGUAAAGAACCUAGAGAAUCUACAGAAAUUCUACUUUGAACCACUCACAGAGAAUGCAUCGAAACUCAAUAUCAAGACGGCGAUCGACGAACAACUCAAAAAAGUGUUUUCCAAUCUCGAAGUCAUCAAAAACUACAACAACUCUCUAUUGGAACAACUUAAACCGAUCAUCAACGAUUGGUCUUCCUCUAAAAAGAUUGGUCCAAUCUUUAUUCAAUUUAUAUUCCUAUUAAAAGUUUAUACACAAUAUGUUAAAGAAUAUACAGUAUCGUAUGAAGCUAUCAACAGUAUGAGAAAGAACAACUCUAAAUUCGAUAGUUUCAUUACCGAUAAGGAAAUGGUUGAUGGUAGAUUUAUGAGCGACUAUCUGAUCUUACCAGUACAGAGAAUUCCUAGAUAUACAUUGUUAUUAGCUGAUUUACUAAAGAAUACUUGGAGUGAUCAUAUAGAUUAUCAAGAUCUAACAGAAUCAUUAAAGAGAAUGCAAGAAGUUGCUUCAUCUAUCAAUGAGAAAAAGAGAGAAGCUGAGAAUAUCCAAAAAGUAACUGAGAUUCAAAAUAACUUUAUUGGUAAAUUUGAGAAUUUAGCAGAACCACAUAGAAGAUUUGUACAUGAAGGAUCUUUGAGUGUUAUCAAUCCAGGUGGUAAAGAGUCACAGAGAAUAUUCUAUCUAUUCAACGAUGUUUUGAUUGGUACAAAGCCAACUACAAGUGGAUUGGUCAAGAGAAAAGAUGCACUCAAAGUUAAGGAAUCAAUAAGAAUGAAUUUAGUUUCACUUAGAACUAGACAAACUGCAGAACAACAACAACAGCAGCAGCAACAGAAUUCUAGUACUUCAUCGUUGUCAUCUUCACAAGAGAAAUCAACACCAUCAUCGUUAAGCUCUUCACAAGAGAAAUCAACAACACCAACACCAAUAACAGCGUCCAACAGUAACAGCUCAUCAUCAUUGACAUCUUCACAGGAGAAACCUCCACUUCAUCCAACACCAUCCUCUAGCAAACCACCCAAUAAACCACAACCUAAAAUACCAGAGAAUCAUCCCAAUAACAAUAUCAACAACAACAACAACAAUAAUAACACUAAUACAUUUAAAUCAGCAUCACAUUCAAAUACAUCGCCUCAACAAUUUUUAAGACAAUCGGCACCACCUUCAAUACCACCUUCUUCUACCUCCAAACCACCUAUUGCUAGCGAAGCUCCACACACUAGAAGUAGGACAUCCACAAAUUCACCAACUGGAAUCGCUCCAUUGCCAUAUAAGAAUAGAACUAUGACAUCAGCAACACCACCACAACCACCACCUGCCGCCAACAAACCAACACACUUUUCAAAUCAAAAGCCACCAGCAACCGCAAACAAACCACCUAUUUCUUCACAGACCACAACCACAACCACUACUACCACAACAACAACAACAAACAACAAUACUACAAGCGGUAGUCAACCAUCACAACCACCAGCACCACAAACACAAGUUCAAACACAACCAACAACAGUAACAACAUCACCAUCAACAACAACAACAAACAAUUCACAGCCAAAUACAACCAUUUCAAGUAACUCUACAAAAUCAGAUUUAAUUAUUGAAUUGGUUGAUUCAUUUGGAACAUGUAUUCUAAAGUUAUUAUGUCCUAAUGCUAAGGAAAGAGAUAUUUGGAUGUCAGAAUUUAAAAAAGUUCAGGAUGAUCUCGACGCCAGAAAGAUUGUAAAUGACGAAGCCAUGAAGAGAUCACAAGAGCGUGCUGGUUUGGCCAAAGCUGCUCUCAGCCAACAGUAUGCAACUCUGAGGGUUCGUGGCAGACACCUUGCAUUGUCUGAAGUUAAGGACCAACAGGAGCAAGCAGACAACGAACAACAGCCUGCUUCACCCACCUCUGGAUCAACAGGUUCGUCAACAUCUGGACUUCCGAUUGGAUUUGCAAAUCCAGCGGCAGAACGUGAAUUCCAAAUUCUCAGACGUCAAACCAUUGCCAGACGUUCACAAAACGGAACAAUCAGCGGCAGCGAUGGAGCGUCGUCUUCAUCCGCUCCAACAACACCCACAUCGGCAUCGCCAUCACUCACACCUCUCGGAUCUGUUUCACCCAAGAACAGCAAAGAAGAUUUAAUGUCUUCUACAACCUUGGAUAGCGCGUCAGCCGAUGACUCUUUGAACAAGAAAUCGACACUCUCAAGAUCAUGGUUUUCAUCACUCCGAAACAAAAAGAAGAAACCAAGCGCAUCUUCUAUCUUGGAAGUGUUUAAUAGUGAUCAGCAUCCAUCACCAACAACAACUGAAACAAAUGAUAACAAUCAAUAA